AUGGCGUCCGUAAAAUAUGGUGUCAUUAUUUUAGGAAAUAGUGGUGUUGGGAAAAGCUUUUUAGCAAACGUUCUACUGAGAGAAGAAGCGUUCGUACAUAAGUUUUCUGCUGAAUCUGUAACGCAUGAAACAGAAUUGAAAACUUUGAUUAUUGAUGAUUCAAUCGGUGCUAAUGUGACCUACGGAGUUUUUAAUAUUCCUGGACUAAUCGAAAAUAAUCAACAACGGAUUGAUUUGAAUAAAAAAGAGAUUGAAAAAGCAUUUCGACAGUGUCCGACUUCAAUUAUAAUAUAUGUUUUUGGCCAGCAAAAUGGUCGUAUUCGUGAUGAAGACGUUGUUGCAUUCAAUGCAAUUAAUAGUGCUUAUCCACUAGACAAGCGAUCAUUAAUUUUCGUCGUCAAUGGUUUACCAACAUCACGAGCAAAAGAUUAUGAAGGCAGCGUGACUGUCCUAUUGCAAAAAUUAACUAAUACAUUCGGAAUCAGUGUAUGCUUUUUGGAUCAAAUUGAUACAACUAAUGAACAAGAAAAAAUGAGUUUAAGAGCCAAAAUGUUACAAAUAAUUGUUGAUAAAACACCACAGUAUCAUGCCAAACAACAUGAUAUUCAUUUACAACUGGACGAAAUGAACAAUCUAAAGGACAUCAUUAAGAACCUUAGGCAAGCAUUUGAUAAACAAAAACAACAAUUUCAAGAAGAAAUUCAACAGCAACAAAAUCGAUACAACGAAUUAAAAACACAACAAAAGACUGAAACAGCAUAUCUUCAAAAAUUGAUUGAGCAACAAAGAGAAGAAACGGCUCAAACACGACAACAAAUGAUGGAACAAAAGCGUGAAAAUCAGAGUCUAUUACGUGACGUGGAACAAAAGUAUAAGGCACAAAUGGCAGAACAGAAACAUGCUGCAGAGGUACGAAUCAACAACCAAAUGCGUCAAGAGAAUCAAAAAGAUCAUAAACAAGCUGCUGAUGAAUUAGUCAGUAUCAAAACACAAUUGAGACAAGCUAUUUCUAUUGGUGCUCCAGCCUACAACGCUGGUGGUCACAAUAAAUGUUAUGAAACUUAUGCAGCUACAGCUCGAGCAAUAUUAUCAUCAAGUAAACGAAAUCCAAUAGCGAAUAACUUACUCCAAGUUGCAUUGACUAAUGCUAACAGACAGAACACUGAUAGCGACAAAGCAUGGACAAUGCGCCAUGCAUUUGAUGCCAUACUUGCUCUAUAA